GCCGGCGAGCGCAGCCCGGGACCGAGCGGGGCGGAGCGGCUGGCGGGGCCGGCGGCGGCUGGAGCGAGAGCGCGACGCGACGCGACCGCGGCUUCCCGAGCUCCGCCUGGCCGCCCAGCGCCGCAGCCCGCCCGAGGCCUGGAGGGGUCCGGGCCGGCGUCCAUGGUCGCGGCGUCCUGAGGCGGGGGACGCGCCCGGUGCCCCCAGCCCUCCUCCUCCUCCUGUCCGGCGGGCGGCCUCCUCCGCCGCCUCCCUGCGCCCGCCCGCCGCCUCCCUCCCUCCCUCCUUCCCUGCGGCUCCCCCGGCUUUCGGGAGCCCGGGGGCGGCCUGUGGCGCGCCGAGCCCGCGCCGGACUGCGCUUCUUUGGACCUUGAGGGGAAACAUGCGUUUGGCUUGGAUCGUUUUAAAUUCUUAGUUUGGGAUCCCCGCCCGCCUGCCUCUUCCGCCCCGCGGGUUUUCUUUUCUUUUUUCUUUUUUUUCCUUUUUUUCCUCCCGGUCUCCUUUUUGACUCCCUCCCCCUUUAUGCUCGCCCAACCCUCCCCCCGCUGCUGAGAAGUGGGGGAGGGUCUCGGCCUCCAGGUUCCCGCCCCACCGGGGCCCGGGCGAGCAUGGGGGGCAAGCAGAGCACGGCGGCCCGCUCCCGGGGCCCCUUUCCGGGGGUCUCCACCGAUGACAGCGCCGUGCCCCCGCCGGGAGGGGCGCCCCACUUUGGGCACUACCGGGCGGGCGGCGGGGCCAUGGGGCUGCGCAGCCGCUCAGUCAGCUCAGUGGCGGGCAUGGGCAUGGACCCCAGCACGGCCGGGGGGGUGCCCUUUGGCCUCUACACCCCCGCCUCCCGGGGCACCGGCGACUCGGAGAGGGCGCCCGGCGGCGGAGGGUCUGCGUCCGACUCCACCUAUGCCCAUGGCAAUGGUUACCAGGAGACCGGCGGCGGUCACCAUAGAGACGGGAUGCUGUACCUGGGCUCCCGAGCCUCUCUGGCGGAUGCUCUACCUCUGCACAUCGCACCCAGGUGGUUCAGCUCGCACAGUGGUUUCAAGUGCCCCAUUUGUUCCAAGUCUGUGGCUUCUGAUGAGAUGGAAAUGCACUUUAUAAUGUGUCUGAGCAAACCUCGCCUCUCCUACAAUGAUGAUGUGCUGACGAAAGACGCGGGUGAGUGUGUGAUCUGCCUGGAGGAGCUGCUUCAGGGGGACACGAUAGCCAGGCUGCCCUGCCUGUGCAUUUAUCACAAAAGUUGCAUAGAUUCAUGGUUUGAAGUGAACAGAUCUUGUCCAGAACAUCCCGCGGACUGACCCUGCUGGGCUUGCUUGCUGACUCCUCUCAAAGGGACAGCCAGCCCCCGUUCCUGAGAGGAGGCAUCGGACACGGGCAGAGCUGAGCUGGGGACACCAGUGGGAACAGGGCACCCCUUCUGCACUGACUUCCAGAGAAUGGUUCUCCCUUUCUCCCUGAGGACACCAAAUUGGAUGAGAGCGAGUUUGAGAGAAGAAUCAACUGCUAUCUUUCCCCUCAGCCCUCCUCCCAGGAGGGAAAGGGCAUUUUCUUUUACACCUUUGAAAGGCAUUGUGGGUCUGUCUAAAGUGUUUACAAAAAAAAAAAAAAAAAUUAUAAAAAAAAAAA